UUCCAUUAUUUCCCUACGCGGUAUAAGGAAAAGGAAACACGGAUAGCGCGUAUGAAACUAACUAAAAAUCAUCACAAUAUAGCAUUCCAGGGAAAACUCUUUCCUAUAUCAGGAAAAAUCCUAAAAUAUAAUUUAUAGCCCAUGGAAAUGUUCCUAUUCCAUCCAGUAAUCAACCUAAUAUUCUAUCUCUGUCUCUCUAUCCAUAUGCUCCUAUCAAAAACUUGCUGAUGUUUUUGAAUUACCUGCUGGUUUUGUGAGCACUUUACACUACUAAAUUCUCGUUUCAACGACCGAAACCCGUGCGACCCAAUGAAGGUUUGCUUCAAUGACAAUUCUUACUUUUCGAAUGCGACCUUGUAUAUUUUAGAGAACAAUAUUUGCUAAUUAACAACAAUAGAUACCAUCUACUUACGCAUUUAAACCUAUGUAAUCUCAUCACUCUUUUUCCUGUUCUUCUUGCUUUAUUUUAAUGAUUUUUCAGGCGCCGGAUUGGUACUUCGCGUCUUCCUUCCUCUAUAUGAGAAAUCCAUCUUCUAGGUCUUUAUCUUUGCUUUCUCUUUUAUCUAUUCACCUCCAUUAUUUUUUGUUGACUUUUACACUUUUGGUGGGAUAUAACUGUUUCUUUUAUUAAUUAUUGAUGUUUUUUCAAAUAUUCCUUUCAGUUGAUUCAAUUUCAAUUCCAAUUCCCUGAAUAAUCCAAUUAUUGUUGUGUUAUUGUGAGGAAUCAAGAAUUAGUCCAUUUUUUUCAUCUUUUGUGAUGAUUACCUUCAAUAUAUACCCCUUCUCUACCCCCGCAGUGCUCUAUACGAAUUUUCAUUUUUCAAAAAUUCUUCUUCUAUAGAAUGGAAUCAGAUUACCCAUUUUUUGAUAAUUACUGAUCGAUUUUUAACAUACCAGAACGAACCGCGCGGAAAUAAUCUUAAACGUCUUCUCGGCCAUCAUUUCAUCAAAUCAUCAUAAAUACGUAUGCGGGAUAAUAUAUAACUACUAUAUACCAAUAUAGCUUUUAUUGUGUUUUCUCUAAUGUCACGUCUAAUUUCACAACGAUGAGACUCGGCUACACUGAUUUGUUUACUAUAGCGAGGAGUACUGCAUUCGUAGCAGAAGAUUUCACGGUUGCUGGCGUUUAAAGCAUGAGGAAUUCUUAUUAGAUUUUUAAGCUUGAUACUGCCUCCUCGUUUGACUCUUUUUUUCAUUAAAAAUUUGUGAGUUAUUUUUCUUCUAGUAGUUAAACUGAUGUAUGAUGACAUUUUUUUGGUAUGAGCAUGACGUUAAAUAAUCAAGAAAUUGAAUUUUCACUUUUAUGAACCUACAAAAAGGGAAUUCAAUACAAAAUUUCGAUUUUUUAGUUCGAAAAAUUGCGAAAAACAUAGAGCGUCGAGACGCCCCGGCAGAUGAAUCGCGGGAUCAAUCCAUCAAAAUGUAACGACGCGACAGUUAACGAGCAUACCUAUAUCCGUCUCAUUCUAACAAGUAACAACACUAUCGGGCCUAUUGGACAUUUCGAACGCUCUCCGUCGCUGUGUUUGUUAAAAUAUUUUCGUGAGAUUUUCCACGAACAUCGUCAUAUAUUUGACCUGUGAUAUCCUUUCCCGGGAUCAGAAGACGGUGCUAGUCAGUCGAUUUUCGUGUUUUCCGGGAUGAAAUACCCACGUGCAAGUCCGCAAUUUUGAUUCGUACCCAAACAAAGGACGACUCUCUACAGCCAUUCAUAUUGAUUUUCUGUGAUAAAGUGCUACAUAAAAACUUGUUGAUAUUCCCUUUCGCACUGUUUCUUAUAUUGUAAUAUUCCAGUUAUUCGCGGUGUUGUUUUAUAAUAGUUAAAACCAGAAAUGAUUGCAAUUAAGAGUGAGUGGUUAUGAAAACAUCUAGUGCUUCAAUUUUUUGAUAUCCGGUCCAUUUAUUAUGGAAAUUUCGGACGAACCAUUGAAUCUUACACUGAAAAAAAUGCCGAUCGCGAUCGUAGCACCUUUUUCCGUUAUCGAAACGAACAAUAAAUUUAUCAAUAACAACGAAAUUAAUUUACCCGAUUUAAAUAAAUGUGAAGAUUUGCCUGAGGAUUUGUCUUUGAAAAAAAAUAACGAAGAGUGUUUAGAUUUAACAAAGAAUAAUAAUCAUACGGAACAGCUGAGAAAGUAUCUCUGUAAGAAUGAAGGGACUAGAAAUUCUUAUGAAAAAAACACGUUCAACGAUUAUUAUAAUAAUAAAUUAUCUCACCGAGACAAUCCUCAAGAUAUUUAUAAUAAUUUGGACAAUAAUUUUCUAUCGAUGUGGUAUAUUAAUUCGUUUUUGAAUCAACAAAAUCCUUAUUUUAGUACCCCGCGACCGUAUCAACCGAAACCUAAUACUGAUCCUAAUUCAAACAAAAUUUUAAACAAUCUUUUAGAUAAAAAAACUGAUUCAUCAUAUAAAUUUCCAUCUAGUUUCGAUGCAUUGAUUAAAAACGAAAUGCAAAGUGAUAGUGAUGGUAAAAACAUAAAUAGAAGGUCACAAGUCGAUCAUAAAAAUAAUAUAGAUGGUAAGAAUAAUCAGGACAGUAAUGAAAAGAAGAAGCCUCAUAUAAAGAAACCCCUCAACGCCUUCAUGUUAUAUAUGAAGGAAAUGAGAGCCAAAGUUGUAGCAGAAUGUACAUUAAAAGAAAGCGCUGCGAUUAAUCAGAUAUUAGGAAGACGGUGGCACUCGCUGAGCCGAGAAGAACAAGCCAAGUAUUAUGAAAAGGCGCGCCAGGAGCGCCAAUUACACAUGCAGCUGUACCCGGGCUGGAGCGCUAGAGACAAUUACGGUUACGGCACCAAGAAGAAGAAGCGAAAGAAAGAGCGAACACCUAUCGAGUCGGGAGGUAAUAGUAUGAAGAAAUGCCGAGCAAGGUAUGGAUUAGAUCAACAAAGUCAAUGGUGUAAACCAUGCAGGCGAAAGAAAAAGUGUAUACGAUAUAUGGAGGCAGGAGAUGGAAACGAUGGUAACCAAUCAGAUGACAAUUUAGGCAGCUGCGGAAGCAUGGGUGACGCCCAUACGCCACCAGACGACGACAACGAGAGCCUGAACCAGUCCAUGUCAAGUCCAGGAGGAUUAUCCGCCUUGAGCAGCCUAACAAGUCCUGGUGGCAUGGUAAUGCCUAGUCCUUCGACGAGCGUAGCCAGUCCGUCAGUCAGCGUCGCAAGCCCUUAUAUGCUUCAGAGUCCUUUGACACCACAUGAAGCGUUUGAUGUCAAAGUUCCUCUACCCCCAGUUUCACAUCAUCAUCAGCCUACGCGAAACCCAGUAGGGACUAACCCCCACGAUAUAAACAAUCCACUGAGUGUGAAUCAGUUGACGGGACAGUGCGUUAGAAACGAUAAUUCCGAUGCCAACGGUAACAAAGAGACACGGUCGAUUAUUAGCGUCACGUAGCCUCUAGUAAUUAAACAAGAAAAUCUGGAUUCUUAACCCGGUCACUUUGCUGAUUGAUAUUUUGGAACGUUUUGAAAUAUGUAGUUGGUAUAUUGCACAAAAGGGAUUGUUUAAAUAAAAUUAACCGCUCCAAGGAGAGGAAUUUAUUGAAUUGGACUUAUCAUCAAGGUAUCUACCCUAGGAAACUUUUUUGCUUAGAAUUUUUCAAACAAAAAUUAUUUAUUCUUAACAAAACUAUUUCUAUUUGUGAUUAGUUCAAAUUAAUUUAUAAAAAAAAUUGAUGAUGCUUAUCAAACAAUCUUAAUUAGAGAAAUUCAACUUGGAAUUAUAAAAAUUAUUUAACUGAAAUCCUCGCUAUUCAUUUAAUUGAUAUUAAUAUUUGAAUUAUUCUAAUUUCUAUUUUUUAUUUAUACCAUGCUCUACCUCUUAUAUAAGAAAUAUAAAUUUAUGAGACAACACAAUCUUUUAAAAAAUUUUCUCUUUUAUUUAUGUGUGAAAAUUUUCAAAAUAUUUAAUACCGAUAUGAUCACACUUAGAUUAUUUUUUGUCGUCACCAGUAGCUUUGUUUCAGCAGAACUACUCAUUUUGAUCAUUCUUCCUCAAUAUACUUUUGAAAAACAUACUUUACAUAAAGUACAAUCUAAAUAGAUCAAUAAGUUCUAGUACUUUUCAACUAACAUUAACAAAAAAUUAAUACAAAUAAGAACUAUAUUCAACUAUAUAGGACAGUCUUCUUUAAUCUUAGGAAGAAUAUGAAGAAGAACUCAUUCAACUCAACAGACAUCAAAAGAAUUUCCAAAGUUGUCCAUACAGAAUAUCUCAUUCUCAUGAUUCAAAACUAAUUAUUUUUCAAGAAGUUUUUUUUAAGAAUAAAUUUUUGAAAAUUCCACAACAAAGAAGUUUCUGAUAUGAAUCUCCAAUCAAAUUUGGUGUAAAGAUUAUUUUGAUAGGUUUUUGUUGGAAACAUUUCAUACAAAAUAUUCCAAAUUUAAUAAUUUAUGGUUAUUAUUAUUGAAAAUCCCUAAAUAUAUUAACAAAGAAAUUUCAAAUUGUCCAAAAUAUCAUUUAGCAAAGUUGUUAAGCUUGAGAUGAAAGAUGUAUAUAAAACCACCUGUGAUUUUACAAACUGUAGCGUUGUCAAAGAGAUGGUGGGUAAUUAUGUGUAAUGUCGUGCAGUACGUAUGAUCUCAAUUGGAACUUAAGUGCUGCAAUUUUUUUUACUAUGUAACAUAAAUGUCAUUUGCCAAAAUCACCUCUAUAUAUAUUAUAUAGAAAUUUAUAUUACAAAUUUCCGAUUUUUUAAAUAUUUUUAGUUAUUUAUAUGGACUGUUACAGUGAAAGAAUAAAUAAGAUUGAAUGGAACACAAUACCGUGAUAAUUUUUGUAGGUUUGAUUUAGAUUUGUUAUAAAUUGAUUGAAAUAACCGUACAUUUUAUAAAUUAUAAAUAAAACAUACAGUUUUGCUUCAUAAGUUAUAUUAGUAUCAAUUUUCUGAUACUCUGUAUAGUUCUUUGGGAUCCCAAGUUCUUGUUUGAUGUAUCCAUUUAUUUUAUUUUUAGAAUAACAAGAUUUUCUUAGAUUGAUUUUUCAAACUAAUUGAAACGAGGAAUCACAGUAUUAUACACAUAGUAAAUACUAUAAUAUAAUGGAUCUUCAAAAGUACCUUUACACUGACUUCUCAAUAUCCUUCAUGUUUCUUGACUAAAUUGGAAUUUCUGUAACCAUUGCUGACAUUUAUAUUAAAAACACUGUUUACUACCACUAUGCCAACACUUAAAAUUAAACAAUCUUUUCCUUCAAUCGCAAUAUGAUUCAGUGACCUAUGGAAGGCUUCUAGCACCAGAUGUAGUUGUAUGGUAGUAGUACCCAGGAUAUUCAUUAUGCUUAUUUGUAAACUGGGAGGUAUAUUUAUUGUUCUUCUUCCUCUUUUAUCAUAAUCAUAAGUCCGCCUUCACUGAUGUUAUUGAUAUGGUGCCUCUUAUAUUCGUUCACUUCACUUACCACACUAUUCAGUCAAUAUUAAAUAAUAGAUAUGGCAGAGCAUGUCUGAGUGCUUUAUUAUAUGUGAGGAAUUCAAGCACUCUUUCUGUAAAGUUAUUUUAAAUAUUAUUGGCUCCAUUGUUGUUUUAAUCAAUCUUUUGUUGGUAUUCCAAGUCUCCCACAGCUUCAUACAAUUUAGGUCUAAGAAUAGUGUUAUAUGUUGUUUAAAAUCCAUAAAUAUCAGGCUCAUGAGUUGUUUCAUCUAGCUACUGAUCUACCUGCUUCUUCGUUAUCAAUGAUUUCAGAUUAGUACUUGAUUCUUUUUUAAAGUUCUAAUAUUCAUUUGUAUUGAAAUCAUAUUUACAUUUUUUGUUGAAUAUCCAGUGUUGUUAUAGGAAUAUUAUAAUAAGUGAUAUAUUAAUGACUGUAAAACUAUUUAUUGUAUCUAAAUAGUUAUAGAAAGAUAAACUGGAACAUGGGAUAAUAAUUUGUUUAGUUUAGACUUCAUAUUUUGUGCAAUUGAAAUUUGUUAGAGUAAUACGAGUUCCAUCAAUAAGACAUUUUAUUCUUUCAUUAAAUAUAUUUUCAUAUUUGGAUGAUGCAGCUUAAAAGUACUUAAAUAUGUACUUGUGUGAUCUCUUCUUUGCUGAGUUUCCGCACGGAGAAAAUUAUAAAAUCUGUAAUAUACAUUUUAUUGCUUCUACGAACAUUUACGAAGAAAGUGAACUGAAAACAUGAUAAUUCAAGAAACCUGUCAAUUAUUGUAGAUUAUUGGUCAUUUUCAUUGUGCAUAUCAACAUUUAUCUGUAGUAUUACAUUUUGAAGACGUUAUUUUACAUUCAUAAAACUAAUAAUUCUAAAUAUCAACGAAAAUUUUCAAUAUAUUAAAGAUUCAAAAAAUUAUUUUAACCUAAUGAAUUACAAAUAUAUAAGUUUGUGCGGAGGCUCUUUAAUGAUAUAAAAAUGUGCAUAUAUUACAGUAAUAAUAUUUUUUUAUUAAAACUUUGGAAAUAUUUGGCUGCAUCAUUCAUAUAAUUUAUCAUACUGGUUGAUUCGUAAAGUGCAAUUUCAGUUUUUCUAGUUAUUCUAGAUUUUUUGUUUGAAUCUAACUGAUAUGAGUGAAUAACUUCAGUGCCACAUAGUUUACUGCUGUUUUUUUGCAAAUGUAUUUGCUCAAAUUCGUAAAUUAGAUGGAUGUUUUAGUUUAAUUUUUGUUUGAAAAAGGAUGUUGCUAUAUCUAGACUAGUUUUCUUUGAAAUCAAAAAUGGUACCUGAUCCAAUCCAUAGAACCUCAAAUCAACCAUUACUUUUAUUAUACUAUUUCAUUUCAAAAAAUAGGUUUAAGUUGAUAUAUGGAAAACUUUAGCUUUUUUAUUGUGUCUAAAUUAAUAUGUCUAGAUUUAGGAACAAACCUAACUAAACUUUUUUGGAAAUAGUGACAAUAUUAUAUGAAAAAGUUUAUUUUCAACUACCAGAAUUUGAGAAACUUAGAAAUAAGAUGUAUAUUGCUACAAAAAUAUUGUAAUUACUAUGUACAUACAAAAAUGUUAUAUCAGAAAACUUAUUAUCUUGUAAAAUUUGCUUUAUUUGACUUUUUAAAUUUUAUUUGUUAAAUGUGGCGAGCCAUACACAAUUUUUUGUGAGAAUGAUUAUCUGUUUAGCAAUUCCUAAUAAUUUUUGUUUUUGUUUAUCUACUUUGUAUUGAGAGCAUUUCUCAGUGUUUAAAAAAGAGUUAAAAUUAUUAUUCUCAAGUUCUCCAAUUGUACUGAAAGAUAGGUUCCUGUGUACAUAAGACCUUAUUGGUUUUUUGUGGACUAUGUUAUAAAUGGCAGGCAGCUAUAGUGACUAAUCAUGGAAGUAAUAAAAGCAAAUUAUUUCUAAUGUAACCUUCAUCAAUUUUUUAAAUUUUAUUCUCGAAAAUGCUGCUAAUAUUUUUUCAUAUCUCAUCUGCCUUGUGCAGCUCUAAAACGUGGUUAUAUUUCUAAAUAAAGUUUCUUAAUUUUUGUAUUUGAGAAAUGCUCAUUUGUAGAAAAAAUUUCAUUUCUAGAUUUCUUUUACAAUUUAAAUAGCUUUAUUAUUGUGCAAAUAUUUCUUCACAUUGCAAUAUUUUGUUGAAAAAAAAACUUAUGUAAAUAACUUUUUUGAAAUAUCAAUAUGGUUAAAAUCAUUCUAAUUUUCUUUUGGAAGAUGCUUUUUGUGUUCAGUUUUACGUUUAAUUUUUUUUAAUAUGAAAGGAGAUGUGAUAUUUUAUACUAUUUAAAAUGAACAUUAUGUUUGGCUUCCCUCAGGAUUUUGCAUUUAAUGACUCCAAACGACCAUUCAAACAUAAUUAUUAUAAACUGAUUAAUUUUUUUCAUAUAAGGUUUUUGCUUCAAUUAAUUAUUCAUUCAGUCAUUUCUUGACCUUGUUAUUUUCACUACCUUAUAGACUACAUAUUAUCUCUACUAUUUAUUUUAAUACAAUGUUUGAAUGGUGGUUUACAAUCAAUUUUUGGAACAAAUUAUCAACUGACUUUUGAAAAAUUUGUUAAUUAUGUCCCGUUUUAAAGAGAUUAACUGUGCCAUAUUCCAUUUUGGGGCGUAAUGAACAAAUUAAAUGACAGUUAAGAACAAAUUGUGACUGCUUAAUUUUACGAAAAUAUCUUUAAGUUUUGGAUAAGUGCAAUGUAACGUAAUUUGAAAAUAAAGUUUUCUUUCAAAACGACAGAGCGACUCGUCAAAUCAAAAGACGUAAUAUUUCAUUCCAAUUUACCUUACAAAUCUGCAUAAAGAUUAUGCUUAAGAUAUAUUUAAUUAGAUAGAUACAGUAUCAAGUCGAAAAUUUCGAAUUAUCAUUACCAUGAUGAUUCUGUUGAGAACCAAAAUCACUGGUCAGUAUUUAACUAUUUGCCAAAUAGUUUGCAGUUGGUGUGUUAUAACAUUUCCAAUUUCUGUUAUAUUGUCUCCUAAAGAUUUAAAAAAAAUAAUCUUUUCACGUCUAGAUUUUCGAUAUCUUACUGUGCUUAAGUAAAGAAUGAAGUCAUAAAAUAACAUGUCAGUUUAUUUAUAUUUCAUUUAUUCCUCUUUCAAUUAUUUCAAAUCUGGUUAAGCUGAUUUCUUGUUAUAAUCUCCAAUUCUCCCUUUUUUUAUUAAAAUUCCAAAGUUUUUUAUUACUUCAUUUAUUUCUUACAUUUUGUAUUUUGUUUAGUUUUAAAUAUAUAUAUUGACACUUAAAUUUGUUUCAUUUAGCGGAAAAUAAUUUCUGCAUUAAAAAAGAGUAGUAAGUAUUAUUUCAAUGUACUUUUCCUUCUUGGUAGAGCAUUUGUAAUCGGAGUCAUAUUUUCGUUUCUACUACAAUAACCACUAUUCACCAGUCAGUUAACAUUUAUCUUAAUAGAACUGUUACGAAAAGUCCGUCUUUAAUUUUCAUUAUAAACUAUGUUAUUUACUUAUUUAUUUCCAAAAUAUUAAGCAUAAUUAUAAAAAUAUUUUUUCUAAUGUAUUAAUGAUCUUUUAGGAAUGAAAAUUACGUCCUUGGUGACACAAAACGUUUAAAUAAAUUAAAACAAUUCCUUCGUGUUGAAGAAAGCUUAGAGUUUGUUUAGGUAAAGACAAGCUAGCAUCAGGCAUAUUUUUUUUUCGAUUGGACAAUAAAAUAUAGUUUUGAGCAUUUGUAGUACGUUUAAUACAAAAAAGACAAUUUUUAUAUAGCUUUGGGUAUAAAAAAUGAAAGACCUCUAUUACAAUAAAUUCAUUGUUAUCAAUUAAAAAAAACCAUAAAUGAAAAGUAGAAGCAUAUAAAAAAUUUUUUGAAGGACGCUCCAUAUUACAGUCUUAUCUUCUAUAACACUUUUUAAAAGGCUUAUUUAACCAUCAAGAAAGAAAAAAAUAUUUUGUAUUCAUUUUUUAAUACAAUUACAUUUUUUAUUUUCACAUUUUUAUAUACAAUUAUUGGCAAUAAUAAUUAUUAAUAACUUGAAAUAUUGAUGUUAAUAUUGUUUAUUAGUUGUACUACAGAUAAAGCUCAAAUAUUUUUCUUCUUUUUCCCUUACUAAUAAAUAAUAUUAGUAUUUCAAUUAGUUUUAAAGUGACACAUUGCCUGUUAUCUAGUUUGGUCUGAAAAUUGUACAUUUAGGAUCGUAGUAUUUUGAAUACCGUUCUCAAAUGUACUGAAUUUAUAAAGUAAAUGAUUAUACAUAUAUAAAUACUUCUAGAAAUUAAUAUUUUAGAUGUUAAUAAUGUCUUUGUAAGUAGCGUCUGUUCGUAACAUCGUAUAGGUUAGGAUCAUUCAAUACAAAACUUCAAAUAA